AUGGGCCAGGAAAAUGCAACUAAAACUCCUGCCAGGUGGGGCUUGGGAGAUGCCCUCUUCGACCCAAAGGAGAAGGCAAAAGUUGACAUCGUCUUUGUCCACGGACUGAACGGGGACAGGUUCGACACUUCUUUGGUUGGGUUGAGAGAUGAGACUAGUUCGAAGGACCGCCCUAUCAUCUUCGUGUCACACAGCCUCGGAGGUCUGGUCGUCGCGAACGCGCUCUCUCGAGCCCAUGACUCAGAAGCAGCCAAGGAGAUUUCCAACCACACCAUCGGUACCCUCUUCCUCGGGACGCCAUUCCAAGGCUCGGACUUCGCCAAGUAUGGUCGUCUGGCGGCGCGGCUCUUGGAGUACUUCACGGACACGCAGACUGAUAAUUUGGAAACCCUGAAGAAACACUCUGUGAAGAUCGUAGCCAUCAACGACGCAUUUGCAAAAUAUCUGAAGGAGAGAGACCGCACGAAAGAAAUGCCCUAUCUAGAAGUUGCGUGCUUCUUCGAGGAACGUAAAUUGAAGAAGUUUGGGAAAGACAUUGGCUUCAUCGUGCCGAAGGAGUCGGCAAGCUGGCUCGGCACCGACGCUCUUCCAAUUUCGAAGAAUCAUAUGGACAUGUGCAGGUUCGAAGACGAGGAUGAGACUGACUACAAGAACGUAGCGGCGAAGUUGCGAGAGUGGGUUGCCAACAGCGAUAAGCCACGACCGGCAGGUACCUCGGGGGUCGGCGGGAUUAAUGCUCAGUCAAUCGGGGUAAUUCAGAGCGGAAGUGUAGAUUAUAGGAACUCCACGAUCUCCGGUGGGGUUCAGGCUGGACAUCUCUAUGGCACUACCUCGAACGCUAACGUUCUGACCGGCACUGUGAACCACAACUAUGCUCCGGGGACUAAACCUUAG